AUGCAUAUCCAAAAACCAGUUGAUGCCAUGGUGAUGAUGUCGCCGGAAGAAAAACCGACUAAUGCCAUGGUGAUGGUGUUGCCGGAAGGAAAACAGGCAGAUGCCAUGGUGGUGGUGUCGCCGGACAGAAACUCUAAAAAAAAAGAGACAAUAAUCGCUUCGGAGAUUGGAACCCAGCGAAAACAAUGGAGGAAAUGGUAUAUUUAG